CUCCUCCUCUGACAGGGAGGAUGAGGAGGAGGAGGAUGGUGGUGCCGCUUUAGAGUCACAUGACUGAUUUGUGUCUGUUGCUGGGAGUGCAGGCAGCUGGCCAAAGUCGUCCCUCCCUCUCUCUCCAUCCUUCGCUCUGUCUCGCUCUCGCUCGCCCUCGAACACACGCGUUCGUCGGUGCGCUGAAGCAGAUUGCAUGCGUGCGUCCGUGCAUGAGCGCAGCCGCCAGCUUCUGCAGACACACAUGUGGUGGCCCGAGCUGCCCCGUCACUAACCAUGUCCCUCUUGUGUUGCUUCUCUCUCAGGGACUAUGGCUCCAAGCGCAAGUCGGUGUGGAUGUACGGCUUUACAGACAGCCCGAGGAAAGAGGCCUCAGGGAUCGACAGCUCGGAGCCCAUGGUGCUGGAGCAGUACGUAGCCGUGGCCAACUACGAGCGGCAGGAGAACUCUGAGAUCAGCCUGAAGGCCGGCGAGACGGUGGACGUGAUCGAGAAGAGCGAAAGCGGUGAGUGGAUUUUUUUUGCUCUGUUUACAUGCCGAGCAUCAAGCUGACGUAGAUCUACAACCAAACAUCGUAGCUCACAGGUGUUGAAAACAAAGGGAAAACACGCUUUGAUCUGCUGGACAUUUAGUUUGAUUCUUCCUGUGGCACAAACACACAAAACCAGCUCACUCAGCGCCUCUCUGCAUGCUGUCUCCUGUCCUCUUCAUUAUGUUUCCUCCUUUUAAAA